GUUGUGAAAUGUGACAGCAUUGGGAAUGCACAUGUUUCAUGUCUUCUCAAAUAAAGAUAAUAAUACAUCAUCUAUUGAAGUCCAUUUGUGCCCCACAGUUUUUCUUGAUUGCACGUAAAUCAUGGAGAUAGAGGGCCGUGAUUUUAUGAACAGUCCCCCAAUGAAGACGGUGAGGUUUGGGGGCAAUGUUGUGGACACUUUAGCCAAGUUUGAAAAGGGAGACACGAUUGACUACGAGUUGCUGAAACAUCAGCUGGCAGAUCCAGACAUAAAAGAUGCUCAAAUUAUCAAUUGGCUGCAGGAAUUUCGGAAUUGUGUAACCCUAUUCAGUAAGGACCAUGAACAGCUGAUCUAUACAGUUUUGAGGCUUCCUUGGUUGGGCCGGAGCCCGGCCGUGGUGGAGGAGUACCUGGCCUUCCUCAGCAACCUGGUCUCAGCCCAGACCGUCUACCUCCGCGCCUGCCUCAAGAUGGUGGUCUCCAACUUCAUCCCCAAGAGAGUGAAGAUCUGUGAAGGUGGCGUGGAUUUCUCAGAUUCAGAUGACGAAAACGAAAACCUUCCAAGGACCUUUGAUCAGUGUCAUCAAGCCUUGCAGGUCAUAGCCAAAUAUGUCCCAUCCACCAGCCGUUUCCUGACGCCCAUUCUGACGGAACACUUCCCCUUUGUGCAGAAGUCAUCAAGAACCCUGGAAUGUUACGUCCACAACCUCCUGAGGAUGAGCGUGUACAUCCCUGCUCUCCGACGAGACGUCCUGGAGCUCAUCUUCAGCAGAAUGCUCAAACUAGACGUGAGUGCCCCGCGGGAGGAGAUAGAGGAGAUGGAGGAGAACGCCCUACACCAGGAGGUGAAAGGAGGAGAGCAGCUGGAGGAGGGACUGUUUGAUAUGGAUGAGGAUGUGUCAGACCCUAAGUCUUCAGGGCCAGUAGGGGCAUGUGUAAUGGCCCAUCCAGUGGCUGAUAGGCUGGACACACUCAUGACUGUGCUGCUGGCCUACAUCAAGGACAUUUGCCACAGCAAUGGUCUUCUGGAAGUGGAGAGGACUAAGGAGUUCUACAAAGACCUGGUGUGCGUGUUUGACAAGCUCAUCCUGCCCACACAUGCCUCCUGUCAUGUGCAGUAUUCCCUCUUCUACCUCUGCAGCUUCAGACUGGCGCUGGCGGAGGCCUUCCUGGAGCACCUGUGGAAGAUCAUCCAGAGCCCCACCCAGCCUUCUGUCCUGCGCCAGGCCGCCGCUGGCUACAUGGGCAGCUUCCUGGCACGAGCAAACUUCCUCCCUGUGGCCACUGUGCGAGCCUGUCUGGACCUGCUGUUGCCGUGGAUGCACCUGUACAUCGACAGCCAGGACUCCGGGACUCGGGCUUACUGUGACAUCAGCCUGCACGGGCCAUUCUACACCAUCUGCCAGGCGGUUUUCUACACUCUCAUCUUCAGACACAAGAGCAUCCUGGAGGGGAACAUGAAGAAAGGGCUGGCGUACCUCCAGAGUCUGAACUUGGAGCGGUUGGUGAUGUGCCAGCUCAACCCUCUGAAGGUCUGCCUGCCUGCAGUCACCAACAUGUUUGCUGCAAUCACCAGGAAGUAUCAGCUGGUUUUCUGUUACACCAUCAUUGAGAGGAACAACCGGCAAGUCCUGCCUGUGGUCCGCAGCUCGAUAGGAGGCGACUGCGUGUCCACCAACACCAACCCCCUGGACAGCGUCUUCCCUUUCGAUCCCUACAUGCUGAAGAGGUCCGGCUCUCUUAUUGCGCCGCUCUACCAAGUGUGGGAGGAGCCAGCUGAGACAGGGGUUCACUCUACCAAGAGGGUCCAACGGUGCUCGGCUGAGGAUGAGGAUGACUUCCUGCAUGGGGAAACUCCGCAGAUGGAGGGGGUUGUUGGUAUGACUCCUGGCUCCUAUGAAUCCCACCUCCGCAGUCCUAGCAGUGUGGGCUCGCCCCCCAUCGCUUUCCUCCAGAGACCUUUCUGAGUCCAUUCCUCUAUCCACCUUGGAUAUGGACUAUUCCAACUCCUCACCCCUCCUGUCUUAGAAAUGAGCAAUUCCACUUCCUCUCUCAUUUGCUUCCUACAAAGACUCUUACAAGCAGACCUUUCCCAUACCUCCCACAGCUAUCCUUUGUGCCCAAGAUGACAGAAUUAUAUUGGAAAUCCUCUUCUCGGUUUGUAUUAUUUUCAAACCACCUAAACAGAAGUGAUGGACCCCACGUCAGACAGAAACAUUUCUGCAAGGUCUUUUUUUACUGUAGGACCCCAAAGAGGCGUGUCCCACUGUUAAAUGAGUACAGAAUUAUCUGUCAACUACGUUUUAGAGGCAUUGUUGUGUUGUCAUGCUCUGAAACCUCUUGUGUGGUGCGCUACCUGCAGGAGACUGUACAGUCUUCUAAGUCAAUAGUUGAGGUUUUUGGAAUUUUGGAAACCUGUUAUACAGCAUUGAUCAUUUUUCAAUCAAGGAAAGUCACUUUAAUAAUAAAAAAAAGAAAGACCUAGCCUCAGUGGGUAAACUUUAAAAUAUGUUGUCUUGAACAGUUGUUGUCUUGAACAGUCAUUAACAAGUUAUAACAGUUAUUUUGUGAACCAGGCAAGUUAUUUAUAAUCCCAUCCCUAGUUUUUACAAUGGAAUUAUACUUUGAAAAAUAAUAGUUUUAUUAUUACUGUAAUAAACAGUUA